GAUUUCUUGGUUUGACAUUUACCAACAUCCUCAACUACUUUAUGAUCAUUUGGUUGAUUGCAGGUUGUUUUCUCUUUACCAUUGGGAUUCCAGCCAUUGCGCCAGUGCACCAAAGUACAUCAUGGGUGUUUACCAGUUUCAACAAUAGUACUGGGUAUGACAAUGUAGCCCUUGUAUUUUUCCUAGGUCUUUUACAAUCAGGAUGGACAUUGGUUGGGUAUGAUGGUGGCAUCACACUGAGUGAAAAUACAAAGGAUGCUGAUCGUGAAGGUCCUCGAGGUAUCUUGCUAUGUGUCAUCUUUGCUGUGAUUCAAGGUAUCGCAUUGACCAUUGCCGUAUUAUUUUCCAUUCAAGAUUUAGAUGGUCUAUUGAAUGCUGAUCUUCCUGUCAGUGAAUUUUUUUUUCAAGUCACACGUAAUCGUGCCCUGUCCACCUUCUUCCUUGUCUUUUUAGCUGUUGCCCAGUUUGGUUCUCUUGCCAAUGCAUCGGUGGCUAAUUGUCGUUUGAUGUUUGCCAUGGCCCGUGAUGGUUGCUUACCUUACUCCAAAUUCUUUUACAAAUUAGAAAAAGGUGAUGUACCUUUGCGUAUCAUUGUGCUACAAAUCAUCCUGAUGAUCAUCUUGAUUCUGCCUGUAUUUGGUACUAUGAUUUAUUGGACUGCUGUCCUUUCUGCUAGUGUGAUCUGUUGCAAUGUGGCCUAUGGGAUGCCUCUUAUUUGUCGUUUGUUGUGGUCUAGACAUUCUAUGCCAAAAGGUCCCUUUGAUUUGGGUCGAUGGAGCGUUCCUAUCAAUGUCAUUGCCUUGUUGUGGAUCGUCUUCUUUGGUAUCAUCCUUUGUUUCCCAUCCGUCUCUCCUGUCUCUGCCGAUUCUAUGAAUUAUGCUAGUUUGAUGAUUGGUACCGUCUUCCUUUUCUCCGUGAUCUGCUGGAUAACAACUGGGCAUAAAACUUACAAAGGUCCUAUUUCCAAUAUUGAUGACGAUGAUGAUGAUCUUCAUUCAUAAAAGUUGCUGAUUUUUUUUUUUUAAAAAAGGUAUAGAGUAUGUACUGACAGAAUAAAAUCUAACGAUAAAAAUAAUAAUCUUUUAUUCAAAAAAGAUAAAGAAAAAAAAUAAAAUAAAAAAGGAAAUGACAACCUAGUAACAAA